AGUCAGAUCAUUUAGGUUCCUGCUGCCUGCUACUAUGAUAAAACACAUGGCGAGGACGUUUGCUAUCAAGCUAUCAAUGUGCUUAAUAUCUAACAAGUGGGGCAAAGGCCUCCUGUUAAGAAAGACGUAGUAGGGACUGAAGCUACCGUCUCAUCGUGAAGGUACAGUUGAAGUCGAAAGUUUAAAUACGUCUUAACCAAAUACAUUUAAAAUCUGUUUUUCACAAUUCCUGACAUAGUAAAAAAUUCCCUGUUUUAGGACUUAUAGCUUAACUAGCUACCUUAUUGGUCAAAACUUAAACUAAAAAGUAAAACAACCUAUUCACUUGUGCAUUAAAUAAAUAGUUAUUCAAAAGAAAUGCUAACGAAAAUGUUAACGACAUUCGAAUUCACGAGCCCUUUUAAAUCUAAUACCAAUUAAUUAUUACAAAUAAAUUUUAAACUUGUUUCCAACAAGGGUAUUACAGAAUCAAUUUGCAAAAAUUUCAACAUUUCAAAAAUGCAUUUUCAAUUGUAUCAAUCUCCAAAUUUAAUUUCAGUUUCGUUGUGGACUUUUUUCCAUAACAGAAGCACGCGAGGGAGAUCCAUAACUUCCAUUUCAGAAAGCGAUCUUCUGUCAGAUGUGAAUGAAAAGCAGGCUAAUGUGGUCAACACUCUAUUGAAAGCAAAGCAAAUCUGCUGUGGUUUUGAGAUAAAUAGAUGCACAAUUUACUUUUGUAAAAGCGUUCAGUGUAAAUUAAGUUUGAUGAUUUUAGUUGAAUGAUGAUGUAAGGAUUAGAAUGAUUUCGGCUUUUAUUUGAGGAGAGAACUAUGAGGGUGCAUCUAGUGAUGACAGUUCUUUAACAGUAUUUUUAUGGUAGUUAAAUAACUACAGUAAAUAACCAAAAGUAUAUUGACACCUCCUCGUCAAACAUCUCAUUCCAAAAUCAUGGGCAUUAACACGAAGUUUAUCCCCUCUUUGCUGCUGUAACAGUCUCCACUCUUCUGGGAUGACUUUCCACUAGUUGUUGAGAACAAUGCUGCAGCGACUUUCUUCCAUUCAGUCACAAAAGCAUUAAUCAGGUCGUGCACUGAUGUUGGGUGAUUAGGCCUGGCUCGCAGUCGGCAUUCCUAUUCAUCCCAAAGUGUUCGAUGGGGUUGAGGUCAGGGUUCUCUGUAGGCCAAUCAAGUUCUUCCACACCGAUCUAAACAAACCAUUUCUGUAUGGACCUCACUUUGUGCACGGGGGCAUUGUCAUGCUGAAACAGGAAAGGGAGACAAAGUUGGAAACCCAGAAUCAUCUAAAAUGUCAUUGUACACUGUAACGUUAAGAUUUCCCUUCACUGGAGCUAAGUGGCCUAGCCCAAACCAUGAAAAACAGCCCCAGACCAUUAUUCCUCCUCCACCAAACUUUACACUUGGCACUAUGCAUUAGGGCAGGUAGCGUUUUCCUGGCAUCCGCCAAACCCAGAUUCAUGCGUCGGACUGCCAGAUGGUAGUGUGAUUCAUCACUCCAGAGAACGCGUUUCCACUGCUCCAGAGUCUGAUGACGGAAAGCUUUACACCACUCCAGCCGAUGCAACCACUUUGCGGCUGAUCUGUUGUUGCUUCCACUGUCGUGGUAUUUAUUUUGUCUGAUCAGAAUGACGUAUCCACUCACUGACGAGGUGUGUCCCUAACCGGCUCCGUUUUAGUCAGAUUGUGGGCUAACCUGAGCCACGUCUAACGGAACCCCUGCACACAGUUUAACCUCUGUCUCCCAGGAGCAAUCAGCAAGCAGAGUUAGAAUCCCAUCCUCGUCACCAAUUAUCGUGGUAAUUCUAACCAAAAGGAGAGAGACAGUAUUCUUCAAAACAACUUUACUAUAAGAUUUGCACAAACAAAGCAAUCAAUAACAACCACUCAACAGUGCAUUGUCAGGAAAGCCCAACGAACAGAGUUGUCUCUCUCUCCUCUUAUAGAAAAAGUACAACCUAUUUUGUCUAUGUGGCCGUUUAGCAGAUGGGUCGGUACAGGGACGGAACAUGGUGUGUAAAUGCUGAUUUACCUUGUCUGUGCAGAUUAAGAUAGCUGACGUUGCCACCAAUGUCCUUCCUGCAUGUUUCCACCCAUCUACGUUCCUGUAGAUUGAGAAAACAGGAUGUCACAUACUGAGGUCGCACCUAAACGGCUCUUAUCGGUACGCCCAGACUAAUGACUAAGUUACAUUAACAAUCCUGUAUCAGCAAAAAAUACUAACAUAUAACAAUGGACAAUUCUCAGGGUAAAAACAGCAUAGUAGGUCUGUUUAAACAGUAUUGUAGGUAAUUCAAUAUUUUCCUAAGCAAAACAUUUACAGUUGACCAGAGCUGAAACUUUAAGAACUGACUUGUUGGAAUGGUGGCAUCCUAUGACCGUGCCACGUUGAAAGUCACUGAGAUCUUCAGUAAGGCCAUUCCUCUGCCAAUGUCUGUCUAUCGCGAUUGCAUGGCUGUGUGCUCGAUUUUAUACACCUGUCAGCAAUGGGUGGGGCUGAAAUAGCCAAAUCCACUAAUUUGAUGGGGUGUCCGAAAACUUUUGUGUAUAUAUAGUGUACCAAGUUAUGCUCCAAUAGACAUUGACCAAGAGGAUAAAUACAUUCUAAUCUAAUAGCCUAGUCAAAUUUUUAAAAUCAUAUAAGGAUUUUACUUACUCAGUUUCUAACCUACAGUUUCAUUUUUACUAGAUUCUCAUCUAGGAACUCAACAUCAGGAAGGUGUUCUUAAUGUUUGGUAUACCCAGUGUUUUACAGUUAGCAAAUUUGGAAGAGAGACAUGUCUGAUGAUGAUGGACCGAGGAUGUUCCAAGACCAGCUGGCGGAGAAGGUCCGGCCCUUCAUAGACUUAGUAGACGACAUGAGAUCCAUCGGGAUAGAUAAGGAGCUACCACUGCCAGCCAUUGCUGUGGUGGGAGACCAGAGUUCAGGAAAGAGCUCUGUGCUUGAGUUUCUUUCUGGGGUGACGCUGCCCAGAGGGACUGGUAUUGUCACCAGGUGCCCACUGCUACUUAAACUCUGUAAUGACAGGACAGUGAAAUGGGAUGCUGUCAUCUCAUACGGAGAGAAAUACAGACAUGAAUUUGAAGAACCUUCAGAAGUCGUGAGACACGUUGAACAGGCUCAGAACUCGUUAGCUGGAAAGGGAGUGGGGAUAUGUGAUGACCUGAUCACUCUAAAGAUCACAUCCUCCACGGUGUGUGACCUCAGUCUGAUUGACUUACCAGGGAUCGCCAGGGUAGCUGUGAAAGGACAACCAGAUGACAUUGGAGUCCAAAUCAAGAAUCUCAUUAUGAAAUUCAUAAAGAAUAAGAUAACCAUUAUUUUGGCGGUGGUACCAUGUAAUGUUGACAUAGCAACAACAGAGGCCCUGAAAAUGGCACAAGAAGUGGAUCCUGAAGGCACAAGAACUAUGGCCAUUCUAACAAAGCCAGACCUAAUAGACCCGGGAGCAGAGAAGAAUGUGUUGGAAAUUGUCCACAAUAAAGUCAUCGUUCUCAAUAUGGGCUAUGUCAUUGUGAAAUGUCGUGGUCAGAAGAAAAUUGAUGAAAAUAUGUCAAUAACCCGUGCGAUUGAGGAGGAGUUGGAGAACAUUAUAAUGCUGUUAUAUUUAUUUUCUGGACAGUGCGGUUCCAUUGGAGGCCCGCCCUCUAUUUGA